CGCCUCGUUGGUUCAACUGAAGGCUGACAUGAGGUUGCAGACUCAAGGCUUCUAUAUAAAGCUCACACAGGUGUACAGACGGCACAGUUCAACAGUUAGCUGCCAGUGAGAGAAUGGAGAUCUCUGCGAGUUUUACGCUGUUGCUGCUCCUCGGCUCCGUCUCCCCAAGUGAAAGUGUUGAAUGCCAGCAGGCUUCUCCUCCAGACAUCUACGCUGAGCUGAGAGAGAUCACCGCUUCAUUGGUUCAACUGCAGACCAACAUGAGACUGCUGCAAAGAGAGACUACAGGUCAAGCACAGCUAAAGACUGAAGUGGACAAGCAGAAGACUGAAGUGGACAAGCUGAAGCAACAACAACAAGUCCGACAGGUGGCGUUCUCAGCCGCUCUGCUGCCUGGAGGCCAAACAGCAACUACUGGACCCUUUUCCACGGUCACUACCCUGAUCUUCAAACACGUCGUCACCAACAUCGGAAAUGCCUAUAACCCAAACACAGGUCUGUUCACUGCCCCGGUGAGAGGAGCGUACAACUUUGAGUGGACGGUGGGUUCAUGGCAAGAUGGCGAGGAAUCAGGAGGUUGGUUGGUCAAGAACUCAGAGUAUGUCUUCUUGGCAUACAAGAGAGGGGCCGGUUUUCUGAGUUCUUCUAAAGCCGCUACGCUGCUGCUGCAGGUGGGAGACGUCGUGUCUGUGCGUCUGAUGGUUAACACUGUGGUGUUUGACAAUGGAAAUCACCACACCACCUUCAGUGGCCAUCUUCUGUUCCCCAUGUAAGACAGAAACAGCAGCUCUGUGAUAGUCACACAGGUUGUUGUUGUCUUAAACAAGUCUUCAUAACACUUCAUUGAAGUAAACUGAUUUUAUCUGUAUCCA